AUGUACAUGCCUCCCUUCCCAGGCCCCAGGAACACCCAGCACCCAGAUCCUGCCAACCAGGCAGCCUUGAGCCUGCAAGCCCUGGCAGCCUCUCUGGGUGCAGAUCCAUCACCCCGGCACCAACCAUGCCCUGGGCCUGACUCCAUCCAUCCCUCUAAUGCCGCAUCGACUGUGCUUGGGCGCGUUCCUCAGGCAGCCUCAAGAGCGCUGAAUAAUUCAGGUCUGCGUAAUGGGAUAAUGAAUUCACUGACAACCCAGUGUGGUCUCGGUACUUGCAUUUCAAGAAAUACUGACUCCCCAGGCCCGUUCUGCAGGCUGGAGAUGUACACACGCCAAGAAACUGUUGCCUUUACCUGCCUCGUGGGGUUCAGGCCUGAUUGA